CAUCAUUGCACACCUUAGCGUGACAAUCUAAUGUUUAUUCCUCGACACACACAGUUUUAUAUUGACUGAAGUUGGAGCACUAAACACAUAACUACCGCUGCUGCUGAUUUCACAUUUCUUCUUCAACAGUUCUGACGAAGCUGAUAAUUUCCCAAACCGGUGUGGUCCAUAACCUCGCAAACCAGGCUCCUCUUCAUCUAUUUCAGCAGAUUUAAAAUGGUAUAUGCUGGAUGGAUAUGGGCUGUACUGCACCUGGUCAUCUUGCAGCAGAUUGCAUCAGUCCUUGGAUGUUGGUGGCAAUUUGAACCGGGAAUGACUUGGCAAUGGCAGUUGACUAGUCCGCUGGAUCUUACUUAUGAAGUAGAGAUGUAUGAUGUAGAUCUAUACGACACGUAUAAACCGCAGUUCGACUACCUCAAAAAGUCACACAUUCUGGUAGUCUGCUACAUAUCAGUCGGAACUUGGGAAAAUUGGCGUCCAGAUGCUCACAGUUUUCCAAACUCUACUCUAGGUAAACCUCUCUCUAAAUGGCCAGGUGAGAGAUGGCUAGAUAUUCGUAGUCCAGAUGUAAAACGGAUUAUUUCGCAGAGAAUCGAAUUAGCUAGACGACGUGGUUGUGAUGGUAUUGAACCAGAUAACAUUGAUGCAUACGAAAAUGACAACGGUUUGGGAUUAACCGCUAAUGACCAGCUCCAGUACAACAUUUGGCUUUCUGUUGAGGCACAUUCCCGUAAUCUAUCCAUUGGUCUAAAGAACGAUCCCAACCAAGCAGCUAAACUUGAGAAGUAUUUCGACUGGGCUCUAACCGAGAGUUGCAUGAAAUAUAAAGAAUGUGAUUUGUUUAAACCGUUCAUACAAAACAACAAGGCUGUAUUUCAUGUGGAGUAUGUUCGUAACCGAUCACGUGGGAAGCGCGUCAAGCAAACGGUGUGCAAACGCAUUACAAAAGGCUUCAGUACUCUAAUCAAGCUUCGCAGGUUGAACGCUUGGAGAUUGUCGUGUGAUUCAUAGAUCACAUUCAGACUUUUUUCUUCUCUUUUUCAUCUCUUCUAUCGCAUCACAUAAUUUGCUUGUGGUACUAAUGUAUCAUUUCCUUUCCUUCUCUCUACAAAUUUUCUCUUACCCUUCUCUCUGUCUGUCCGUCUGUCAAUUUGUCUCUGAGAAUUUCUAAUCUCUGCUAUUGAAAUCUGUUGAGAAACAUGCAGCCACAUACACACACUCACAAAAAUAAAAAUAUUUUUCAUCAAUUCAUUUCACUUUCUUCUCAAAGAAUCAUUGUGAAAGAUGCAGUUCGGUUGAUAUAUAGGUUAGAGAAUAUGAAUUGCUUAACUAUUUACGCAGGUUUGACCCUCAAAUGCUAAACUAAGACAAUUCAUAUAGCACCGGUAAGAUAAAGAAAACUAAUGGUUGUGCAAAUAGAAUUUUCUAAUACAAUUUAUUUUAAUAAAUAAUAAUAAUGACAUUGUUCUCUAAAAAGUAAGAAAAAAAAAAUCAAUUCAAGAAGUUAUCCCCUUUUUUCAUCAUCCCAGUUUAAUUUAUAUGUAUUUUAAUGUAAAGAUUUUACGCAUGGAAGCACUCAUUAAACCCCCAGAGGGUACGUAUUUUUUUACACAAAUUUUCAAGCACCGUUAUCAUUGUGGUUACAUUAUGAAUGAUAAUUAUAAGUAAUUUACUUUAACUUUUUCCUUCAUUGAUUGAUUUUGUUGCUCUGUUACUAAAUUUUAAAAAAAUUUAAAGGAAGUUAAUUGUAUUUAUGUGCACUUGCCAGACAUCUACUAAUUGAUUGACUUAUGCACUAAUUAAUAGGACUUGUGCUUUUGAUAAUUUUUCCAAAAAGAUAAACAAAAACAAAUCAAAAAGUCAGGUGUAUAUUUUGAGAUUUUAUUUUAUUAGGGAUUCCUCUUUUAAAUCAAUUCCAUAAUAUUAAAAUAAAUUUAUUCCUUCUUAUUUCA